AUGGCAAAUUGUUCUUUACGUAACGAAAUUGCUGAUUAUGAAAUUGAUUCUAUUAUAAGCAAUGGAAUAUGUCGGAAAAUUUUUCACGUGAAAUGCAUUGAUGCUCCAAACAGCUCUAUAAAAUUAUUUGCCAAAAAUAGAUCUUUCUAUCAUUUCUGUGAAGAGUGCGAUCCUUUCGCAUACACUAAUAUUGCUCGAAAUGUCAUUGAAAACACCAACCGUUUAGAAAACAUGCACAAACAACUACUGUACCUUUCAGACAAAAUUGAAAACCUAGCAUCACAACAUCCACAUCAAGGCCGACUUACAAGAAGUAAGUUAAAAAAUUCGAAUGCUAACUCUGAGCAAAGUUCUUCCUCAUCUACAAAACGGAAAAGUGAAGAAGUGGACAAGGACACAGAUAUUGGUCAACUGAAUCCUUUCAUAAAGAAACAAAGUUUAUCUGUUUCAACUAAUCCGGUCUCCAUAACAACACAAGAAUCAAGAACAAUUUCUUCCACUGAAACUAUUACUGCAAGUUCUCCUUCUGCAUCAGUUCAAACUUCCUUACCAAACUCCUCGAGUCAACCAUUUUUAUUACCUGCAGUAGAGCGACCCGCAAUAGAGCGACCUGCAGUAGAGCGACCUGCAGUAGAGCAACCUGCAAUCGAAGAUAAUAGAUACGAAUAUCCUAUUGAACAUGGACUUAAAGUUGUUGAAGGUCAAAAACAAAUUUUUAUUUCUAAACUUGCACCAUCUACAAAUGCUUUAGAUACUAAAACUUAUUUAAUUCAGAAAAUUGGUAAACUAGAAUUAAUCACAGUGGAGAAAAUGCUACAAAGGAACUAUUCCAAGUAUGCAUCAUUUAAAAUAAGUUGUCCGGACUCGAUAUUCCAUUUACUGAAUUCUCCAUUAUUUUGGCUUAAUGGUGUAAUCGUACAUGAAUUUGUGAACAGGAACUCAAAGAUACAACCACACCAUUUUCGACAGUAA